AUGUGGGACCCCAAGAGCAAGAAAACGCUGGUCAGUCGUGAUGUCAAGUGUGUGGAGGAUGUCAUGUACAAGGACUGGCACCAGCAGCAGCAGGUGGAGAUUGGCUUGCGUCUGCAGGAGUUUGAGCGGUCUGCAGUGGAGGAGAUUCAGCUGCACCUUGAUGAACUCCACGGGUCAGAGCUGACCAGUGACCAUAGUGGCGGUGGAGAGCAGCAAGUUUCUGGCCCUGCUGGAGAGGAGGGGUUGGAGGAUGAGUCGGCACGUGUGGACUCACCAACUCAGCCCGAGCUUGCUGCAAACGCCAAGGUCACCAAGAGGAGUGUGCAGAGAGGAGCUUCACCACAUGGGCAGCAGAUUGCAACCCGCGAGAAGAGAGUGGCAGCAGCACCCUCAAGGCUGAAUUUAGAUGCUUGA